CGUGAAGAAAAUGUUCCAGGAAGACAGUGAUCAGGGAGCAAAGUAAGAACUCCAUGCCAGAAUCUGUAAGCCGCUCUGCCUACCACAUUGUCAGUAUUCCUACUACUGUCUGAACAGAGGCCAGGCUCACUUUUACAAGGAGUGUCUGUGCCUGUCCUCUACUGGUCAUGUGGCUCUACCUGCUGUCCCUGGUGGGCCUGUGGUACCUCCUGCGCUUGUAUAGGGAGAGGCAGGUGGUGAGCCACCUCCAUGACAAGUAUGUCUUCAUCACUGGCUGUGACUCAGGCUUUGGGAACCUGCUGGCCAGGCAACUGGACAUGAGAGGCAUGAGGGUGCUGGCUGCAUGUCUGACUGAGGAGGGGGCUGAGCAGCUGAGCAAGAAGACAUCAGACAGGUUAGAGACUGUGAUCCUUGAUGUCACCAAGACAGAGAGUAUUGCUGCAGCCACCCAGUGGGUGAAGGAACGUGUUGGGGACAAAGGACUCUGGGGUCUGGUGAAUAACGCUGGCAUCUCUGUCCCCAUCGCUCCCAAUGAGUGGCUGAACAAACAGGACUUUGCAAAAAUACUUGAUGUGAACCUGAUGGGGGUGAUCGAGGUGACUCUGAGCAUGCUGUCCUUAGUGAGGAAGGCCAAGGGCCGCGUGGUCAACGUCUCUAGCGUCAUGGGCCGGUUGUCUAUCUGUGGUGGUGGUUACUGCAUCUCCAAGUAUGGUGUAGAGGCAUUCUCGGACUCCCUCAGGAGGGAGUUCUCCUGUUUUGGAGUCAACGUGAUUAUUAUAGAGCCUGGCUUCUUCAAGACUGUUGCAACCAGUAGUGAGGAACUAUCACGGAACAUCAAGAAUCUGUGGGAUCAGUCCAGCCCAGACAUGAAGGAGAUUUAUGGGGAGAAGUUUCUGGCAUCAUACCUGACAGGUAUAAAAUCAUUGGACCAAAAGUGCACAGAGGACCUGUCCUUGGUGACGGACUGCAUGGAGCAUGCUUUGACUUCCUGUCACCCCCGCACCCGGUACUCACCUGGCUGGGAUGCUAAGCUCUUCUACCUCCCCAUGAGCUACAUGCCCACAUUCCUGGUGGAUGCCAUGUUCUGCUGGGUCUUCUCAAAGCCCGCCAAGGCUCUAUGAAGCACACAUGUGUUUGCGUGGUUGGGGGAAUAUGGAUACAUUGUGAGUGACAGGAUUCCUCUGUGAAGGAGAGUAGGGUCGAUGGAGGGAGCUAAUGCCACUAGGAUAUAUAUAGUUCACCUUCCUCACGCAAAUGAUUCUGCUGUGAUAGUAUUUAGAAUGGAGAGGACCAGAGCAAGAGCCAAAGAAUUCUGACAAGGGUUAGGGAUUGAAAAGUGCUGGACUGAUGGACAUUGGGGGACACGAAUCAUACUCUGUAGACCACAUUACACACACACACACACACACACACACACACACAAGAGUUUAUUAAAUUAGGUGGGGGCAGUGUGGGAGAUGCAGAGUGAGAAGCAGAUCCAAAUGCCAUGAAACUAUAUUGUAUGAAAAUCUCAAAAUUCAAUAAAAAAUGCAAAAAAGAAAAAA